AUGGCAGAGACAUCAUAUCUAUUGGAGUUAAGUGACUAUCAAAAUAAGAAUUCAAAAAUCAAUAUAAAUUCAAAUGAAGGUAUGUUAACUAACUAUUCAUUCAUUCAUAUUAUUCAUAUACUGUAUACUUAUUUUGUUUUAAUUAAUAAUAAUAAUAAUAACAUCUAUUCAGUAUAUGAUGUUGUUGAACAAGUUAUUCUAAGUUUAUUGGAUUGCAGUAGAAAAAGAGAAGCUGGUGAAUUGAUCGAUCUACUAAAACUAAAGUUUGGUAAAGACAGUGUUAGAGUACAGAGAUUACAAGCAAUGCUAUACGAGUGUCAGAAUGUCUACUCUAGAGCAAAUGAAAUCUAUUCAAAUAUCUUAGAGAAGUAUCCUGCUGAUAUGUUAUCAAUGAAGAGACAGAUUGCAAUUCUUAAAUCAAACGGAAAUUACUCGCAAGCCAUUACACUAUUGAAUACAUUCCUUCAGAUUUUCAUGGGUGAUUUCGAAGCAUGGUUGGAAUUGGCAUCGCUACACAUCAGAUUACUCUCUUAUAGAAACGCUGCUUUCUGCUAUGAGGAACUCAUUCUCAUUCAACCAAUUAAUCAUGUUCUCUAUUCAAAAUAUGCUGAUAUUAUAUACAGUAUUGGUGGUGCAGAUAACUAUAUUGUAGCAUUGAAAUAUUAUACACAUUCAUUAGAAUUGAACAUUUCUAAUGAACCAAACAAUUCCUAUCCACCAACCAAUUUAUCAUCUAUCUAUGGUAUUAUAAUGAGUAUGUAUGCAUAUUGUAAUAGUUCUGGUGGAUCUUUAGCAAAGUUGAAUGAACAUCAAAUUGAAUUGUACAAUUGGGCACAGAAUGAAUUAAAACAGAUAACAUCGAAAUAUUCACCAACUAAACUACCAUUGGUCACUGCAUUCAUCAAUAGCACCAACAUCAAACAACAGGACUAA